AGAUUGAAAAUCACCCAUGCUGAUCAGCUAGUAAAAUUAUGGAACAAUCAGGUCUCCGUGGAUUCCUUCAGUAAAUUAAAUCGCUUGUUCGUACGAUUUUGUAAAAAUCUUGCAAGUGUUUUUCCAUCUAACAUGCUUGGGAAGCACCAGAAACUGGAGUUCUUGGAAGUACAAAAUUGUGAUUCAGUUGAGGAGAUAUUUGAAGUGCUCGAGAAAAGGUCUAGUAUGAUGGAAAAAAUUGUUGCCAAAGGGGAAGCAGUCCCCAGGUUUGUAUUCUCCAAAUUAACCAACCUGUCUCUGGAGAUGCUACCAAGUCUCAAGAGUUUCUGCCCAGAUAUGCAUAUUUCAGAAUGGCCAAUUUUGGAAGAUUUGAAGGUAUAUGGUUGUAAUAAUGUGGAGAUCCUUGCUUCAGAAUUAUUGGGCAUCCCAGGAAGUCACGGAGACAGUCAACAACCACUGUUCUUCGUUUACAAGGAUGCAUUGCCUAGCUUGGAAAAAUUAGAGUUGUGUGGAAUGCCCAGGUUAAAGCAUCUAUGGAGAGGCAAUUUUCAGCCUUGCAAUGCUUUUCAAAAUCUUCAGACUCUGAAAGUAUCAGAAUGUGACAGUUUAGAAAAUUCAUGGUCCUCAUCAUUGACUUUCCAGAACUUGACAACUCUGGAAGUUUCAAAGUGUGAUGGAUUGAGAUAUUUACUGACCCCCUCAAAAACUAAAACUUUGGGUCAACUUACAAGAAUGAAUGUAUCUAAUUGCAAACAGAUGGAGGAAAUUAUAACACAUUUGGGAGAUGAAGUAAUGGAGAAUUCAAUUGUUUUCAGCAAAUUGGGUUGUUUGGAACUUCACUGCUUGUCCAGCCUUAAAAGCUUCUGUUGUGGGGAUUAUUCUCUAGAAUUCUUAUCCUUGAAAAAAGUGAUUGUUAGGCAAUGCUUGGAGAUGGAGACUUUUUGUCAUGGAGUUUUGAGUACACCAAAGCUCAAAAGACUACAGUUGACCGAAGGAGGAGAGGAUGAAGUAGAAGAAUGUUGGGAAGGCAACCUUAAUUCCACCAUACAAUGUUUGUACAACAAUACGAAAGUGUGGAGCUCCAAAGAAGAUUGAGGUCACUCCUAUAAAUAGUUUGCGAUAGACCAUGGCUUCAUUUCCUCCGGCUGAAGACGGACUUUGUUUCUGCCAUCUUAACUGAUUUGAUCCUCACAUUUUGUUGAAUGUGGAGUGCCCUCUGUUUGCACAUUUUGUCCAGUUGAAGAAAACUAUCCAGUGUGUGGCUCAUAAAAAAUAGACAAUGGCUCCAGAAAUAGCUAUGGUUUCUGUCUCAGAAGUUUCAUCAAAGGCUACAUCAGAUAUGUAUGAUUUGCUUACACAGCAGACCUCUUAUUUCAGAUACAAUAAAACCUGUCAUUGUUAUCAUCAAUAAUUGGUUUCAAUCAUGCCGACAUGUUUUAAAGCUGCGAGUAAUUAU